AUGCAGUUGCACCUUACGGUUGUGGCCGCGGCUUGCCUUGUCGCGGCCGCUCUCGCCUGCCCCACAUUCCGCCAGGUGGAGAUCGACCCGUCGUCCAUUGCCGACUGGACGCCGCCCAUCCGCAUGUUCGACUCAUUUGCCGGUGCCACCAAGUGCCAGACCGAGAAGAAGGAGUGCGUGUACAAGUUCCCAAUGACCACGUACUUUGAGAUCGACUUUAACGGCGUCGACUACCCGGCCGGCUCGACGGCGGCGUGUGCAGUUGCAGCCGCGCUCGACUACCACCAGACGCUGCCGGCAUUUGAGGUGACCAACGAGGAGCACACCCUCAAUCUGACCAACGUCGAGGUGGUCAACGCCCAGGCGAUGGUGUGGAACACGGCCAGCGGCGUGCCGCUGCAGGCGGUGAAGACCCUCACGUUUGAGCCGGACGCUGCUGUCACCGAGUACCUCCGGACGACAGUGCCUGCUGGCCGUCCUACGCGGUUUGUCUCCGGUCUCAAGGGCACCAUCGGCGCCAACGGAUUCAUCGUGGCGCGCGACGUGGCCCAGGCCAACUUUGUGGACCAGGUCUCGUUUAUGGCCGUUUCGUACAUCGCCACAUACACGCCGCUGUCAGUGGCGACCAAUCAGCCGCUCACCAUUGACGAGUGCGGCUCGUUUGUCAACCAGCUUAUCUUUGAUUGCGCCCAGCCCGGGUGGUUUGAUCCGGCAGCCAAGGUCCUUGGCUCCGAGUUUAUCAAGCCGGCCAACCUCAUCCCGACCAUUCAAGCGCUCACUGUUGCGCUCGGUCGGGUCGCCGAUGACGGGUCCGGGCCGUACACCGGGCCGGGAGACACCAAGGCCGAGUGGUGGACCAAGACUGAUUCGUGGACGCCCGGCAAGUGUGAGGUGGACGCCGACUGUACCACGACCAACAUCACCGCCGCCAACGACGAGUUCCGUGGCCUCUAUCCCAAGUGCGAUGUUCGCCAGGCCCCGGCGCGCUGUGUCAUGUGCGACGGCCGCAACACCGCCAUGUGCGACGUCACCACCCAGAUCGACGUCGCAAAAUCGCGCUCGGCCGUCGGCCAGUGCUUCCGCAACGACGGCCAAGGCAUGUGCAACUUCUUCUCGGGCAAGCUCGUCGAUGCGCCGGACAACUACGAUCCGCCGCCGCCGCCGAGCCAGACCGGGUGCGUGCCCAACUGCACCGACUCGCACUGCUUCAACGGUAAGUGCGUCGAAUGCUUUGCCGACGAUCACUGCGUCCUCCUCUACCAGGGCACCUACUCGGGCUCGUGCGACAUGUCCCGGAACACCUGCUCCUACACCCUGCCGGCCUACCAGCGCGGCUCGCCCAUCGUCAAGGAUGACUCGCAGAAGGUUGUUAUCAUCGCCUGCGCCUCUGCCGGUGGAGUCUGCUGCAUCGGCAUCAUCGUCGCCAUUCUUUUCUUCCGCAUGCGCCGCGCACGCCUCAACGAGGCUGACAAUACUCUCUCUGACACUCUCUCCAAGAAGGCCCGCAACCGUUCCGAUCGGUUCACCUUUACCGACUAACCACAUUUGGACAUCGCCUUAAACCUACUUUGCUUCA